CACGAUUUCCUCGUUUAAGCUCACGCGGUUGAUCGCACGUGACAGUGUAAACAAACAACAGAGCUCUUGCGCAGCAAGUCGUAGACUUCUGUUCGUCUUUGAGAUUUCCAAGAUGCAUCUGUGGAGAUACAAGUUAUCCUUGAGAGGCUACAGAGCCAUGAUUUUACAGCACAUGAUUUUCUGCCUUCUCCUGAUACACAGAGGGCAGCCUCUCAUUGUCGUUCCAUUGCGGGCAGUCAUGGCCACAGUUGGGGAAGAGGUUGUUUUGCCGUGCCACAUUAAACCAGAAAUGGAUGCUAAUGGGAUGAGGCUGGAGUGGGCGAGACCUGACCUGACGCCCGGGUUUGUUUACGAGUGGGCAGACCAAAAAGAACAUGUAGUGAACAAACAGCCGUCAUACAGAGGAAGGACAUCAGUGGUUAAGGAAAAACUGGAACAUGGAGACAUUUCACUGAAAAUCUCAAAUGUGACCAUCUCUGAUGAGGGAAUAUACAGAUGCCUUGUUCCACAAGUGGGUCAAGAGGCCUUCAUUAAGCUCAUUGUUGGUGCUGUGUCCUUUCCUACAGUUACUGUAAUAAGCAAAACCAGCAGCAGGGUGGUGUUACAGUGUGAGUCUGCAGGCUGGUAUCCAGAGCCUGAGCUGCUGUGGUUGGACGGUGAGGGAAACCUCCUCUCUGCUGGACCUACAGAGACCCUCAGAGGUCCUGAUGACCUCUAUACUGUCAGCAGCAGAGUGACUGUGGAGAAGAGACACAGCAACAACAUCACCUGCAGAGUCCAACAGAGGAACACCAACCAGAGCAGAGAGACACACAGACAUGUUCCAGUCCCGUCCUGGUAUUUGAAAUUGGUCUUGGUUCCGGGCUUACUCGCUGUGUUGGUGUCUGUUCUGUUGACCAUUCACAGAUGGCGACUGAGGAUUCCUGAAAAUGUUGAAAAAGAGGUGAUGCUCAAGAAUCCAAAUGUGUAAAUACCACAAGGAACAGCUUUGAUGGAGAACCACACAACUCCAAAGGGACAAGAACUUCAGAUCAAGUAAGAUCAGGAAGUGGAGCUUCUGAAAUGCCUGCAGGAAGCAGGGGAGCAGCUGAAGAAGCCACACAUUUCAAUGACAGGAAAAUAGGCUUUGAGAAAGAGUUUAUGUGAAUACAGUGACUAGUAUUGUCAAUAUUCCUGAACAAAGCAUAUGUGCUUAAACAGUCUUCAGCGUGGCUUUAGUCUCUCAGUCUGGACCUCUGUAUGUAUUUCUAAAUGGUGAUAACUCAAACAAGCCUUCAAUUCAUCUGUACAAAUUGCUUGUUACACUUCUUGUUGUGUUAGAGGACCUCUAGCAUCUGUAGUGCUGUCUACGACUGUUCCACAACCUUAAAUAUGUAUUUAUUAUUGUACCAAUGAUGAAAAAGGCCCUUUGACCUCCAGGGAUUACCUAUGAAAGAAAUCUUUACAGAAACUAAACCACAUAAAUUGUAGUUGUGAAUGUUCACUAUUAUACAUGGGAAAGUUUCACAUGAUGAGGUCAUGUAAUCACUUUUAUUCCGUUAUAGAGAGUGUUUAUCCUCAAUAUUUUCAUCUGAGACAUGCAGUUCUAACCGUGAGCACAAAAGGUCCCCUCACCACUCAAAUCUUCAGUUUAUGAGGGAAACCAAUCAGAUGAAAGUUGGCGUAUAGGGAGAGGAGCCAAGAAAAGACUGAAGAUGAACUGAAGUAUAAAACUGAGGCUUAAAAUCAAAGAUAAAUAAUUGAUUAUUUUGAACUGUGAACCACCCGAAGCUGCUUAGGAGUCCAAGAAUAAAACAUAUUGUGUUGGAAAUAAGCAGAAUAUGCUUCAUUUCCCAUUUCAAUGCAUUAUUGAAACUUUCUAACUCCUUCUCUGGUUUUAGAUGCACUAUUUCAGAAAAAAGCUACUUUGGGUCUGACCCAAAGUCACAGACUGACAAUCCUAGUGCAGCUAAUUUUGGUUAAAAAUGGUCAAUCAGGAGCAGUGAGCCUCAGGAUUGGAUCAUCUCCACGGCCAUAAUACAGGAAGUAAAAUUAAAAUCACUGUAGAAACCUCAAAAGACCCAAACUGUUUUAACUUCCUCUAGGCAACCAAAGAAGGGCUUCUUACCUCUAACCUACAGUUGAUCACUGUCACUUUCAUCAGCUGUUAAAUUUGCACUGAGUCGAAUAAUCUGUGAUAGCUACAAUGCUAAAUCAGAAGCAGCACUUUUCUGUGAGGCACCAUUCAUAAAGGUCUUGUAUUAGAAAGAGUUUUCAUAAUGAAUUUAAGUGCCAUGCAUGGUAGAGUCAAUCUGAUUAAUAAGAGCUAAACAACAUAGUUUUAAGGUCUAAAUAGGCUAUAUUUAUAUGCAGUCCAAAUCAAGAACACUUUAUUUGCAAAUGAGGAAGCACAUCUGUACAAUAUAUAAUAUGCAGAUAAAUAAUAAGUUAAGUUUUAUUUAUUUUGGUUCUCUUUGCAUUGACCUAUUCUUAAUUGUUGUGAUAGUCUUCCUUGUUUAACUGUAUGUACCUCUGUCUCUCUCCUUUAAUAUCAAAUUAAUGUAUUUCUAUUGAAAAAUAAUACUUUUUAAUACAAUCUCUUUAAAUAAUACAUUGUUUCUCAUUUUUCUUAAAUAUAAGCCUAUUUAUUUACUGUGCAUGUAUCUUGUAACUCGAGCAGGUGCAGCUAUGUUACAGCUGUGCUACUUAGUGGUGCAAUAAGCAGCUCAGUUUCAAGUGGAACUGCUCUCUUAUUUUAUACUGAGAGAGGACGAGUUGCAACAUGUGUCUUGUUAUCUGGUUAUCUGGUUUCAUUUUUUCUUGGAAUGAGUACAGUUUGGUCUACCGCAUGCUAAGCCCUGCUUCACUAAUGUCAUUUUUCCUUUUUUUAAUUCAUGCCCUGUCUGGCAGCUUUUGCAAUCAGAAUUCUGAUCUGAAUGCUUGUGGGGCCAAACACAUUUUACUUUUGGAAGAUCAGCUCUAUACAUUCUCUAUAGCCUCCACUUGUGUUUCUUUUAUCUGUUUAUUUAUUCAUUUGUAUUUGUUGUUUCCAUUAUAAAUUUUUUUAUGGAAUGGAGUAUUAUAAUGCCUAAUCAGGGACAGGAAGAAAAAAAAUCUAGGCCAUCCACAGCCCCCCAAAUUACCGAAAACCUGAGACCGCACAUUUCUUCGACAUCCUGCGAAGGAGGAGGGAGGCGCCAGAUGGGGCAGCCAUCCAAGAGGACCAGAGGCAAGGGAGGGCUGUCGGAGGGGUGUUAUUAGUAUCAUCAUUAUUUUCAUUUCUCUAUACUAGAGAGUGGAGCCAUUCAUCCUGUUUUGUAUGUUCCAUUAUGUAAACUUUAGGUCACAGCUCAUACCGUCUUCCAGACUGUCAAACAGACUAUACUAUGAUGCAAAGUGUAGUGCUAUGCUAACAUUUGUAUUUUUGCCUAGAACAGGCAGAUU